AUGGCACAAGCAGCGAACAAUGAAGUCUGUGAGCCUGCACAGGAGAAAGAAAUAGGCUUGGUGGGCGACGUCAAAACGCGGCCGGCGGACUCGUUCCUCGUCCACUUCGAAGAGUCUGGGGAUCCUCUCAAUCCCAAGAACUGGCCUGUGAAGAAGAAGUGGGUGGUAACAAGUGUGCUAUCCGUCACGGGAUUUAACCGCAUAAUGGUGUCGACGAUAAUGGCGCCAGCACUUCCAGAUAUUGCUGCCGAGCUCAACAUGAACCAGACCACAUCGGUGAUGGCCUUAUCUGUGUAUCUCCUCGCCACUGCUUUUGGGCCAUUGCUCAUAGGACCACUUUCUGAGAUCUAUGGCCGGAAACCCGUUCUUCAUGGGACCAACAUUUGGUUCCUUGUUUGGAAUAUCGUUUGCGGUUUUGCGAACAGCAAGUCCGUCCUGAUCGCUGCCCGGUUACUUGCCGGAUUUGGUGCGAGUGCGAUAUACACCCUUGGCGGUGGCGUUCUUGGGGACAUCUGGAGAGCGGAAGAGCGAGGGCGGUCACUUGCGCUAUAUAUGCUUGUCCCUUUGCUUGGCGCAGCCGUGGGACCGAUUUUAGGCGGAAUUAUAACUUCUGCGACGACCUGGCGGUGGAUGUUUUGGUCGACGUCGAUAUUUCAACUUGUGGCAUCGAUCCUGUCGUUUUUCUUGUUCCACGAGACUUACGCACACACCAUUCUCAAGGAGAGGGCGAAAGCUUUGCGAAGUAGCACGGGCGACACCCGCUAUCAUGCGCCAAUUGAGAAUGUGCAAAAAGAUCAAAAAAAGGGCUGGAUCUGGCAGAGAAAUCUUUCUCGGCCUUGCCGAUUGCUGAUAUUCCAUCCCAUCGUCCAAAUCCAGGCUCUCGUAUCGGGGUUUGCGUACGGUGUGACCUAUUUGGUGAUAUCAAGCUAUGCCAACUUGUGGAUCACUCGUUAUGGGGAAUCUGCUUCGACGAGUGGCUUACACUACCUUGCAAUGUGCAUAGGUGAGAUCCUUGGGGCGCAGAUUGGGGGACUGUUGAUGGAUCUCGUCUUUCAAAGAUUGAAGAAGAGACGUGGAGGCACGAUCACCGCCGAGUUCCACGUCCCUCUGAUGUUGCCAGGCUGUGCGAUCACAAUUUUAGGCUUUCUGCUUUUCGGCUGGAGCGCACAGAGCCGUGAGUUUUGGGUAGCGGUAGACCUUGGUGCUCUGUUGUUAUCCUUUGGAAGCACAUUAACCGGUCAGACCUUGCAAGCAUAUGUCAUCGACUCAUAUCCUGACCACACGAGUUCGGCAUUGGCAGCAUCUCAAUUGGUUCGCAGCCUCACAGCAUUCGGCUUUCCACUGUUUGGUCCUCAAUUAUAUGCAGCUUUGGGUUAUGGAUGGGGAAACAGCUUGUUGGCUCUGAUUACUGCCGCGAUUGGUAUUCCAUCGCCGAUAGUAUUGUGGAUGUUCGGUGCUAAGCUACGCUCGAAAGCCUCGUCGACUUACUAA